ACUCAAUAAUGUAAUUUUGUAGAUUUUAUAUAUUAAGUGAUUGAUGGUUUUAUCUCGAAAGUUAGAUUUUGCAAAUCUAACAUUAUAAUUCCAAACUUAAAAUUAGGCCUUUUCAGCGUUUUAUUGAUUGUUUUGUUUUCUUUUUAUUUUUUAUAUUUUAUUUUUUUGCUUAGCUUAAACAUGUAAAUGCAUGUAUUAACUACUAAAUUUAUAUGUUUAAAAUGAUUUAAUUUUUGCUUAGAAUUUUAGAAAAAAACGUUAUAGGACUAACCCAAAAUUUUUCUUUUUUGCUUAAAUAAAUUAAUUUAAAGUUUGAAAUUUAAUGAAUAAAUGGGCCGACAUAUAUAGUAUAUAGAAUAUAAAGUGAACAUAAAAUGGGGAGACAGCAUAGGAUAUAAAUUGAGCGUCAAUUUAGGACUUAGCAGAUCCCAAAAUAAAAACACCCACCGCCUAACAUCACACUCCUUCCAAGUUGUGUCCUAAAAAACCCUAACUUUCGACUAUCAUCGAUCUCUGCAAGUAUGGAAGUUAGCGUUCUACAGAAAUCGAUGGAGGUGGCAAUGAGCAAGUGCAGGAAAGAGUGUGAAGAUGAAGAAAUGAAGAGAAAGAAAAAUGAUGUUCAUUGGUUUGCAUUUCUUCCAGAUGACGUGGUUGAAGAUAUCCUUAAAAGGCUUCCUUAUGUUUUCCUUCGUUAUAACGCAAAGUAUGUCUGUAGAAAAUGGUUCGAUAUAAUUAACAUGAUCUUGGCAGAAAAUUCUUUUUUUAUCCUCCAGACGUCAUUUGGAUUUACGAUCCGCUAUGUGGAUGUAAGGGAAGAAGGACAAAGACUAGAAGUGAAAGAGCAAAACCUUCGCAUACAUUUCUUUGGAAGGAUAAAGUCAUGGUAUAACGAGUUUCUUCUGAUAUUAGACCCUGCCAGAAAAAGAAAGUCACUGUAUAUUUUCAAUAUAAUCACCAGGGAAAAAUCAUUUCUUCCCAAGCCUCCAACAUUUUUUGCACAUCAAGAUACUAGCGUAUGUGCAAUGGCCCUUUUUUUUGACAGAUUCAAGGGAGUAUAUAAGGUUGUUCACUUGUUUAAUGGCCAAUCACUCCAAUGUCAUAUUCUACAAUUGGAAAAAGAUAUUGUAGUCUCUCGUGUUUCCUCAAGGUGGAAAAAGAUCAAAGUACCUUUUUACUUGGAUCCUAGGAAUAUGGGUGAGAUAGUUUCAAUUCAAGUUCAAGGAAGGUACUUUCAUUGGAAUCUUAAUUGCUCUAGGUUCCUGGUUUCUGUUGAUAUGAUAAAAGAAGAAGUUCUCCAAAUGAGCCUACCUGAACCCGGUGAGCGUAAGAGGCUCUACUAUUCUAUUUUUGAGAUGGGUGGUUUUCUCAGCCUCAUUGAUGGAGUUUCUAGGGAAAAAACUGACUUAUGGAUUCUUAAAGAUUUUCAAAGUAUGAAGUGGGAGAAGUUGCUUUCGAUAACAGUCCAGGAUCAUGGCUUUGUAAGUGCUUCUUUUCGAUAUCCGGUUUGUGGCGUGAUAAAUAAGAGAUAUAUCGUUUUCAUGAGAUCAAGGCACGAUAAAAGUAUAUUUAGUUAUGAUCUGAAAAAUAGAGUCUUUAAAAAGCUAAACAUCCACAUUGAUUCGGGUGAUCUUUGUGUGGCUCAUUCAUCAGGACCAAGUGGAAAAACUACAAGGGAGGAGGUACCGGUGUCGUUCUAAAGUUGUUGAGUCAUGGCUGAUGAAAUUAGAAAGUAAUCCGGCUUAUAAUUGUACUCUUGUACUCUGGCAUGUUUUAUUCUUGUUUAGCUGCAGUAUUAACUAUUGAUAAUGGAUACAUUAUCACCACUUUUGAAUUUGGUGUUGUACGAAUGUAAGCAUAAGAUCUUUUUCUUAAAAGGGCAGA